AUGUUUAAUAAGUCAUUUGGAACACCCUUUGGGGGUGGCACUGGUGGCUUUGGCACAACUUCAACAUUUGGGCAGAAUACUGGAUUUGGCACUACUAGUGGAGGGGCGUUUGGAACAUCUGCAUUUGGUUCUAGCAACAAUACUGGAGGCCUGUUUGGAAGUUCACAGACCAAACCAGGAGGCUUAUUUGGUACCAAUUCAUUUAGCCAGCCAGCUACCUCCACAAGCACUGGCUUUGGGUUUGGCACAUCAACAGGAACAUCAAAUAGCUUGUUCGGAACUGCAAGCACAGGAACCAGCCUCUUCUCAUCCCAAAACAAUGCCUUUGCACAAAAUAAGCCAACGGGCUUUGGGAAUUUUGGAACAAGUACCAGCAGUGGGGGACUUUUUGGAACUACAAAUACCACCUCUAAUCCUUUUGGUAGCACAUCUGGCUCUCUCUUUGGGCCAAGUAGUUUUACAGCUGCUCCUACUGGGACUACUAUUAAGUUUAACCCUCCAACUGGUACUGAUACUAUGGUUAAAGCUGGAGUGAGCACUAACAUCAGUACCAAGCACCAGUGUAUUACUGCUAUGAAAGAAUAUGAAAGCAAGUCACUAGAGGAGCUUCGUUUAGAGGAUUAUCAGGCCAACCGGAAAGGCCCACAGAACCAGGUGGGAGCGGGUACCACAACUGGCUUGUUUGGGUCUUCUCCAGCCACCUCCAGUGCGACAGGACUCUUCAGCUCUUCCACAACAAAUUCAGGCUUUGCUUACGGUCAGAACAAAACAGCCUUUGGAACUAGUACAACUGGAUUUGGAACAAAUCCUGGUGGUCUCUUUGGCCAGCAGAAUCAAACUACCAGCCUCUUCAGCAAACCAUUUGCCCAGCCCACAACCACCCAGACCACUGGUUUUUCCUUUGGUAAUACCAGCACACUAGGACAGCCAAGCACCAACACCAUGGGUCUGUUUGGAGUAACCCAAGCCUCACAGCCAGGAGGUCUUUUUGGGACAGCUACAAACACCAGCACUGGGACAGCAUUUGGAACAGGAGCUAGUCUCUUUGGGCAGACCAAUACUGGAUUUGGUGCUGUUGGUUCGACCCUGUUUGGAAAUAACAAGCUUACUACGUUUGGAACCAGCACAACCAGUGCUCCUUCAUUUGGUACAACGAGUGGCGGGCUCUUUGGUAACAAACCAACCCUGACUUUAGGAACCAAUACAAACACUUCCAAUUUUGGAUUCGGCACAAAUACCAGUGGGAAUAGUAUUUUUGGAAGUAAACCAGGACCUGGCACUCUGGGAACGGGGCUUGGUGCAGGAUUUGGAACAGCUCUUGGUGCUGGACAGGCAUCUUUGUUUGGGAACAGCCAACCUAAGCUCGGAGGGUCCCUUGGUACAGGAGCCUUUGGGGCCCCUGGAUUUAAUACAACGACAGCUACUUUGGGCUUUGGAGCCCCCCAGGCCCCAGUAGCUUUGACAGAUCCAAAUGCUUCUGCUGCCCAGCAGGCUGUUCUCCAACAGCACAUCAAUAGUCUGACAUACUCACCUUUCGGAGACUCUCCUCUCUUCCGGAAUCCCAUGUCAGAUCCUAAGAAGAAAGAAGAGAGAUUGAAACCAACAAAUCCAGCAGCCCAAAAGGCUCUUACUACACCUACUCAUUAUAAACUGACACCCCGCCCUGCCACCAGAGUCCGACCAAAGGCUUUACAAACAACAGGCACAGCCAAGUCACAUCUUUUUGAUGGACUGGAUGACGAUGAACCAUCCUUAGUCAAUGGAGCAUUCAUGCCCAAGAAGAGCAUUAAGAAGUUGGUUUUGAAAAACCUUAACAAUAGCAGUCUAUUCUCUCCUGUUAAUCGUGAGUCGGAAGAUCUAGCUUCACCAUCUGAUUAUCCAGAAAAUGGAGAGAGAUUCAGUUUUCUGAGCAAACCAGUGGAUGAGAAUCAUCAGCAGGAUGGAGAAGAUGAUUCUCUUGUGUCACGUUUUUAUACUAACCCUAUUGCCAAACCCAUUCCUCAAACGCCAGAAAGUGCUGGAAAUAAACAUAACAGCAGCAACAGUGUAGAUGAUACCAUCGUUGCAUUAAACAUGCGUUCUGCCUUGCGAAAUGGACUGGAAGGAAGCAGUGAAGAGACCUCUUUUCAUGAGGAGUCACUGCAGGAUGACCGAGAAGAAAUCGAAAAUAAUACUUACCAUAUACAUCCAGCAGGCAUCAUUCUCACUAAGGUUGGCUACUAUACUAUUCCAUCCAUGGAUGACCUUGCUAAAAUUACCAAUGAAAAAGGAGAGUGCAUUGUCUCUGACUUCACUAUUGGUCGUAAAGGUUAUGGUUCGAUCUAUUUUGAAGGAGAUGUGAAUUUGACAAAUCUAAAUUUAGAUGACAUUGUACAUAUCCGAAGGAAAGAAGUGAUUGUCUACUUAGAUGAUAACCAAAAACCACCUGUGGGUGAAGGACUAAAUAGAAAGGCUGAAGUUACAUUGGAUGGAGUUUGGCCAACAGAUAAAACAUCUCGCUGUUUAAUAAAGAGCCCAGAUCGACUUGCUGAUAUCAACUACGAGGGAAGAUUGGAAGCAGUUUCAAGGAAACAGGGAGCUCAGUUCAAAGAGUACCGUCCUGAAACGGGUUCUUGGGUGUUUAAGGUCUCUCAUUUUUCUAAGUAUGGCCUUCAGGAUUCUGAUGAAGAGGAGGAGGAACGGCCUUCCAAAACUAGUACAAAGAAGUUGAAGACUGCCCCUUUACCUCCUGCAGGCCAGGCCACACCAUUCCAGAUGGCUCUUAAUGGCAAACCAGCACCUCCACCCCAGAGCCAGAGCCCAGAGGUGGAGCAGUUAGGGAGGGUUGUGGAACUGGACAGUGACAUGGUAGAUAUCACCCAGGAGCCAAUUUUGGAUUCCAUGUUAGAAGAGAGCAUGCCUGAGGAUCAGGAACCCGUGUCCGCCUCAACACACAUUGCAUCUUCACUGGGAAUUAAUCCACAUGUGUUACAGAUCAUGAAAGCAUCAUUGCUUGCUGAUGAUGAAGAUGUAGAUACUGUCCUGGAUCAGCGGAUCACUCGCCUUCCUUCUAAAGCAGAUACUUCUCAAGAAAUAUGUUCUCCCAGGCUCCCCAUCUCAGCAACUCACUCAUCAAAACCUCGUUCAUUAGUAAGUGGGUUACUACAAUCAAAAUUUACAAGUGGAACUUUUCUUUCACCAAGUGCCUCUUUACAAGAAUGUCGUACUCCCAGAACAUCAUCGUUGAUGAAUAUCCCAUCCACAUCCCCUUGGUCUGUCCCUCCACCCCUGACUUCUGUAUUUACAGUGCGCAGCCCAGCCCCUGAAUUUCAGUUGAAAACAGUGGGUACACGCAGACAACCAGGCCUAGUCCCUCUUGAAAAGUCUGUCACCUAUGGAAAGGGGAAGCUCCUGAUGGACAUGGCCCUAUUUAUGGGACGAUCAUUUCGGGUUGGUUGGGGCCCCAACUGGACGCUUGCUAAUAGUGGAGAACAGCUAAGUGGUUCUCUGGAACUGGAAAAUCAUCAGAUUGCUGACUGUAUGGAAUAUGGAUUCCUGCCUAAUCCAGUAGCUGUUAAAUCCUUAACUGAGUCUCCAUUCAAAGUUCAUUUGGAAAAACUUAGUUUGAGGCAAAAGAAGCUGGACAAAGACCUACAAUUAUACCAGACAUCUCUGGAGCUUAAAUUAAAACAUAGCACUGUUCAUGUGGAUGAGCUGUGUCCUCUUAUUGUCCCCAAUCCGGGAGUUGCUGUCAUUCAUGACUAUGCAGAUUGGAUUAAGGAAGCAUCGGGAGAUUUAUUGGAACCACAAAUUGUGAAGCACUGGAGCCUAACAUGGACGUUAUGCGAAGCUCUGUGGGGCCACCUGAAGGAGCUUGAUAGCCAGUUGGAUGAGCCCAGUGAAUACAUUCAGAUUCUGGAGCGAAGGAGAGCUUUUUCUCGCUGGCUGUCCAAUACUGCCUCACCUCAAAUUGAAGAAGAAGUCUCAUUGACCCAAAAAGACAACCCUAUGGAGGCUGUCUUCAGCUACCUCACUGGCAAGAGGAUCAGUGAGGCCUGCUCCCUGGCCCAGCAGUCAGGUGAUCAUCGUCUUGCUCUUCUUUUAUCCCAGUUGGUUGGCAGCCAAUCAGUCCGUGAGCUGCUUACUAUGCAGCUGGUGGAUUGGCAUCAACUCCAGGCUGACUGCUUCAUCCAGGAGGAGAGACUGCGCAUCUUUGCCCUCUUGGCUGGAAAACCGGUAUGGCAGCUCUCAGAGCAGAAGCAAAUCAAUGUGUGCUCCCAGUUGGAUUGGAAACGCUCCCUGGCUGUCCAUCUUUGGUAUUUGCUUCCACCAACAGCUUCCAUUUCCAAGGCGCUCAGCAUGUAUGAAGAAGCAUUUCAGAAUACCUCUGAGGGUGACAGAUACGCCUGCUGUCCACUUCCCUCAUACCUGGAGGGCUCUGGAUAUGUGGUAGAGGAGGAGCAAGACUCACAGAGACCUCUUCAAGAUGUCUGCUUUCACCUUCUAAAACUCUACAGUGACAGACAUUAUGACCUCAACCAGCUGCUGGAGCCUCGAAGCAUAACUGCAGAUCCUUUGGACUAUCGCCUAAGCUGGCACUUGUGGGAGGUGCUACGGGCUCUUAACUAUACCCAUCUGUCAGAGCAGUGUGAGGGUGUGCUGCAGGCCAGUUAUGCUGGCCAACUGGAGAGUGAGGGCCUUUGGGAGUGGGCCAUCUUUGUCCUCCUGCACAUUGACAACUCAAGCACGCGGGAGAAGGCCGUUCGAGAGCUGCUUACCCGGCACUGCCAGCUGUUGGAGACGCCUGAAUCUUGGGCUAAGGAGACCUUCCUGACCGAGAAGCUUUGUGUGCCCGCUGAAUGGAUUCAUGAGGCCAAAGCUGUGCGAGCACACGUGGAAUCCGACAAGCACCUGGAGGCCCUCUAUUUAUUUAAAGCAGGACACUGGAACAGGUGCCAUAAACUCAUCAUCCGGCACUUAGCUUCCGAUGCCAUUAUUAAUGAGAACUAUGACUACCUGAAGGGGUUCUUGGAAGACCUGGCACCUCUGGAGCGCAGUGGCCUAAUCCAGGACUGGGAAACAUCCGGGCUUGUUUACCUGGACUACAUUCGGGUCAUUGAAAUGCUCCGUCAUAUACAGCAGGUGGAUUGCUCAGGUUAUGAACUUGAGCAGUUGCACACCAAAGUGACCUCACUGUGCAACAGGAUAGAGCAAAUCCAGUGUUACAAUGCCAAGGACCGCCUGGCUCAGUCAGACAUGGCCAAACGUGUAGCCAACCUGCUGCGGGUGGUACUGAGCCUUCAGCAUGCCCCUGAUGCAACCUCCGACUCAACGCCAGACCCUCAGCGAGUCCCUCUGCGCCUGUUGGCUCCCCACAUUGGCCGACUCCCCAUGCCUGAGGACUAUGCCUUGGAGGAACUGCGCAGCCUCACACAGUCCUACCUGCGGGAACUGACUGUCGGGAGCCAGUGA